UUUGGAAAAUUUUAUUUCCACACGCUUAAUUCCCUUAGUGCACAUCUUCUUUCAAUACACACACUUAUGUCUCUAUACAUUUAUAUGUCCUGUUCCAUAAUUAUCUUUAUCCAUUGCAAUGAGCAACAUUAAUCACAAUUAAAAUAAUGGUAGUUUACCUUUUUAUAGCUCUUUUGCAUUUUGAUUCACAAACUAUUGGCCUAAAUCUACAAGUCGAAUCAAUGUUCAUCCAAGAACUUGUGGGCAUACUUUUUAGAAAAUUAAAUCAUACAUAUUCGAGUGUUUCUGAAGACCUAAUUGGGAUGGAUUCUCGUAUGGAGGAAAUGACUGAAUUGCUAGGAUUAGGGAUGGAUGAUGCUCGUGUUGUGGGGAUAGGGGGAUGGGUGGAAUAGGUAAGACAACUCUUGCAAGUGCUAUUUAUGCCCAUAUCUCUUCCCAAUUUGAAGGUUACAGCUUCAUUGAAAAUGUUAGAGAAGUUUCAAAAAAAGGUGGUCUGAAAACUCUGCAAGAACAACUCAUUUCCGAAAUCUUAAUGGAGAAAGAUUUGAAAGUAGGAAAUGUUGGUAGUGCCUUAAGUACGAUAAGGAAUAGGGUAUGCCGUAAAAAGGUUCUUAUUGUUCUUGAUGAUGUGGAUGAAUCAACAGAACUUGAAAAUUUGGUAGGAGAGCUUGAUUGGUUCGGUUUUGGAAGUAGAAUCAUUAUAACAACUCGAAAUCAACAUACAUUAUUCAGAUAUAGCAUAACACAUAUUUAUAGGGUUGAGGAAUUAGGAGAAGAUGAAGCUAUAGAACUCUUUAAAUUGAAAGCCUUUAGGAAACACCAACAAAUGGGAGGCUAUGGAAAACUUGUACGUCGUGCAGUAGAGUAUGCUAAAUGAGUUCCUUUAGCUCUCAAAGUUUUGGGUUGUUUUCUUUGUGGGUGAAACAAAGAUGAAUGAGAAAGUACAUUAAACAGAUUGAAAGAAAUCCCUCUAAAUGAAGUUCAACAAGUACUCAGAGUAAGUUACGAUGCAUUACAAUUGGUAGAGAAGCAAAUAUUCUUAGAUAUUGCAUGUUUUUUCAAAGGGAAAGACAAAAAUGAUGUAA